UCCAGCGCGGCGUUAACGUCACCUGUGUUGGUCUUAAAGGGAAGAUAAACAGAUUAUUUUUCAUUGUGUGUUACGAGGGACCAAGAAAGAGGCAUCAACAUCCGUCCAAUAAUUUUUAGGAAAGAGCCCUGAAUUAUUGUCAUUUUAUUAUCGGAUCUGGAUCAAUGUUCAUGGGCUGAUGCGGCCAUGGCAAGUCUCAUUCUCAGCGAUACAAACCGGCUCCACCUGAAGAAUAUCUAGAGUAAAAUAUUAAACUGAAAAAGUAUCAUUGACUAAGUUCAUCCGCGCGCAUAUGAGCUCUGGAUAUGCUGAUAUGAACUGAUUUAAGCUGAAUGUGUGUCCAAUAUAAUGUGAUUUUCGCGUUUCCUGGAUAUUUUCCUGUCACUAUCACAUAGGCAGCUGUAAUACUGCAACUAAAUACCUAUUUUGGUUUGUAUAGAGCUUUUAAAAGGCAUAUUUGAUGGUUAAAGUGCGCACAUUCCCACCUACAAGCCGGAGGAGAAGAAAUCAGCUGACCACUAAUAAAUUCAUUACCUCAAAAAGAUAUAUCCUAUAGUUUAUCUUGUAACGCAUAACCCUAAGGCUCAUUUGGGACACACAUAUUUGCUAUUGUGGAUAAGGAGUCUUGGAGAUGUCAGGCCGGCCAAGGACCACCUCAUUUGCGGAGAGCUGCAAGCCAGUGCCGCAGCCAUCAGCCUUUGGCAACAUGAAAGUCAGCAGAGAUAAAGAUGGCAGUAAAGUUACAACAGUUGCUGUGACCCCCGGUCAGGGUCCCGACCGACCACAGGAGGUCAGCUACACGGACACAAAGGUCAUCGGGAAUGGGUCGUUUGGAGUUGUAUAUCAGGCGAAACUCUGUGAUACUGGUGAGCUGGUGGCUAUAAAGAAGGUUCUACAGGAUAAAAGGUUUAAGAAUCGUGAGCUACAGAUCAUGAGGAAAUUAGACCACUGUAACAUCGUACGUCUGCGGUACUUCUUCUAUUCCAGCGGAGACAAAAAGGAUGAGGUUUAUCUGAACCUGGUCAUGGACUACGUGCCUGAGAACGUGUACAGAGUGGCCAGACACUACAGCAGAGCCAAGCAGAAUCUGCCCAUGGUCUAUGUGAAGCUGUAUAUGUACCAGUUGUUUCGUAGCUUGGCGUACAUCCACUCAUAUGGGAUCUGCCAUCGAGACAUCAAGCCUCAAAAUCUUCUGCUCGAUCCAGAAACGGCUGUGCUCAAGCUUUGUGACUUCGGAAGUGCCAAGCAGCUGGUCCGUGGUGAGCCUAAUGUUUCUUACAUCUGCUCGCGGUACUACAGAGCCCCAGAGCUCAUCUUUGGGGCCACAGACUACACUUCCAGCAUUGACAUUUGGUCGGCUGGCUGUGUACUGGCAGAGCUUCUGUUAGGGCAGCCUAUUUUUCCUGGUGACAGUGGUGUGGAUCAGCUAGUUGAAAUCAUUAAGGUGCUGGGCACUCCAACACGAGAACAGAUCCGGGAGAUGAACCCAAAUUACACAGAGUUCAAAUUUCCACAGAUUAAAGCACACCCAUGGACUAAGGUUUUCCGGCCCCGCACCCCUCCAGAGGCGAUAGCUUUGUGUUCCCGGUUGUUGGAGUACACACCCACGGCCCGUUUCACUCCUCUCGAGGCCUGUGCUCACACUUUCUUCGAUGAGAUCAGAGAGCCCACCCUCAAGCUCCCAAAUGGAAGAGAGAGGCCUGUGCUGUUUAACUUCACUACACAGGAGUUGUCUGGUAACCCCUCGCUGGCCUCCGUACUCAUCCCCGCACACGCUCAUAACCAGGUGGAAAACUCCAAUCAGUCCAUCUCGGCUGCAACAGGUGCCAACAGUACCGAUCGUGGUCCGCACACCAACGUUGCCUCUGCCGGCCUGAAUCCUUCAACUUGAACCCCAUUCAACCGUCAUUGGUCCAAUUACACGCUGCUGCUUAUUAACUACGCCCACUCCCCGGAGUCAGGAGCGUGGCUAAAAUGAAGCUUAAAGCUCAUGAUAUGAUGGAUGCAUCCACCAAACCUUCCCCCAGCCCUGUCUCAUUGUCUGUUUUUAUUCUUUUUAUUUAUUAGCUUUAAAUGACUGUAUACGAGGGCUCAAAAGCAUCGCCUCAGGAAUAUCUGGGAUGACGUUUGAUAAUUCUAUACUACAUAUACCCUUAUAUAAACAUUGACACCAACAAGUAUGAUUUCACACAUCAGCUUUGACAUUUUUUAAGGAAAUCUGUACAUUGUAUUCACUGCUUCUUUUCUAACCAUACCGACAGAAGAGUUAGCCCCUACCGUUUUGGCCCCUGCCUGGAGACAAAUGCCCAUCAGUACCUGGUCUACAGGCGCAAAAGUUGGCCAGUGUCCAGGCGAACUGAAUAGGAAGUGUGAGAUACAGGAAAGCUGGACUCUGAUUGGCUGGUUCAGUCACAUGGACAGAUUUCCAAGGCUUGUGUACAUUCUGUAGGCUGUAUGUGAAAUAUAUGCUAAUGACAUUUGCCUAUUCCCUCAGUAUUGGGUGGAUAUGUUGAAUGCUUAAUCCCGUAUGCUGCUGUGUACCACUUUAUUUUAGAUGGCUCUUGACAGCGAUACAUUCGCACCAUUUCCUCUCCUUCAUCUGCCCGUCUUCCUCCUUCCUGUGGAAUAGUCACUCUGUACUUUGCCUAGCUCUACAAAUGUACUGUUUCUCGACACGCAAAAUCUUAAAUAAUUUUUUUGCCAGAAUGAGUGAGUGUGUGUGUGAGCAUGCACGAGACAGUGAUCUCUUUAUAAGUACUGUAUGCUGACAUUUGAACCGUUUGCUAAACAAAAAUGCAACGAAAAAGAGCACAAACAAAGAAACAUAAUAGUUCUUAAGAGAUAAUAAGGUUCUUAAAGGAAUAGUUCACCCAAAACUGACAAUUAUUUACUCACCAUCAUGUUGUUUCAAACCCGUAUGACUUUCUUCCGUGGAAAACUAAAAGGAGAAAUUGGCUGACCGAAAAAUUCCAGCCGAAAGGAAGACGUCAUUAUUUAGCACCAUCUGAAUUCUCGAAAUUACCUCCUUUGUAUUAUUCAUAUUGACGUUUAGUGGGAACGAGUGACUGAACAUACUAUGGCACUCGAAUUAUUUGAACUUUCUGGAAAUUAACAUAACAAGGACACUAAUAAAAGAUAUGAAGAUUUUCUUUAGAGUACGUCUGUGAGCUUAUUCACGCUUGCGCCAUCUUUGAUUUUUUAAUGGGAACGACAACGAGGCUAUGAGGGAUGGACUACAGUCUACUUACAGUCUCUUCAAUGGGCUGUACUGCAGUUUAAAGUGUUUUUGGAUCGUUCUGCGGACAAAACAUCGAUAAAAUAUCUGUCCAAGAACAUUCAGUAUACAAGGAACUCCAGACAACAUGAGUUGUGGAAAAUCAGAUUUGAUCUAGGAGCUUUAUACAGCUUAUUAACAUUUGUGCCAAGUAUAUCCCACACAGCCUCGUUGCCAUUCCCAUUAUACAUUAAAGAUGGCGUCAGCAUGAAUAAUGUCUAUUUCUUGUUGUGUUUCUUGAUCAAGUCAGCUUUAGGGUCCCCUAGUUUUAGUGGAGGUGUGCAACCAAGGUUGAUGUGACCACCGUUUGUAGUUUUGUCUAAUUACGGUUCUAAAUCCGCUUUUAUGGCUCCCUAAAGUGCUGUUGAAAAAUAUUUCCCACCUCAUCUGUUGCCAUUUUUAUGCUUUGUUGACCAACACUUUGUAUUGUUUGUCUUCUGAGCUCUUCAAACUGAUUUUGGUAAGACAUUUUUCGACGAGGUUCUAUAUGUUAACAUUAGUUAAAGGGGUACUUCACCCAAAAAUGGAAAUCUUGUCAUUAUUUACUUGCCCAUAUGUUGUUCCAAACCCAUAUGACUCAUGUUCUGUGGAACACAAAAGGAGAUGUUAGGCAGAAUGUUAACCUCAGUCACCAUUUACUUUCAUUCUAUGGAGAAAAGAUAUGGUAGUAAAUGUGGAUGUUGGGUGAUCCUACCAUAGGUAUCAUAAACUGGAUGAUGAAUAAUCUUUUUUUUUUAAUUAUUUAUUUAUAUAUAUAUUUUUGAAUUGAUUUUGGUUAAUGUUAAUUUUUUUAUUCAAUUGUUUGUUGUUAGUUCAUGUUUGUUCAUAAUGCAAUUUUUGAUUGAAAAGUCUAAAUUAACAUUAACGAAGAUCAAUAAAUGUUGUAGAAGUAUUGUUCAUUGUUGGUUUAUGUUAACAAUUGCAUUAAAUCAUUUUACUUUGCAAGCUUAAUUUAAAGUGUUACCCUGAUUUUAAUUUGUUUUAUUGUAUUUAAUUUUUUUAACUAAACCAGCUGCUAAAAAAUUGGGUAGCACAUUAUAAGGUUCCAUUGGUUAGCUUAACACUCUAAUGUUAAAUGCAUUAGGUAUCAUGAACUUACAAUGAACAAUAUAUUUUUUUACAGUAUUAUUAAUCUUUGAUCAUGUAAGUUAAUACAAUUACAUGUUGCAGUAGUUUUUAGUGCAUUAAUGUUAUCACAUACAACUUUUGUUUUUAAAAAUGUAUUAGUAUAUGUUGAAAUUAACAUGAACCAAGAUUAAUAAAUGCAGAAGAAGUAUUGUUCAUUGGUAGUUCAGUGUUAGUUCAUGGUUAGUUCAUGAUGCCUAAUGCAUUAACUCAUGUUAAAAAAAUACAACCCUAUUGUAAAGUGUUACUGAAAUGGUAAUGGUCCAACAUUUAUAUAUUGUAUGAACAUUGAAAAAGAAUAUGACAUUAUAUGAAGGUAAUCGAUCAUAAGUGUAGUAAGUUUAAAUUUGUUUAAUUUUUAAUGUAUGCUUGGCAACGUGAAAUAUGUCUAGUGUUCAACUUGAAUUUCAGCUGCUGAGCUCUAGUUUUUAUUAUUAUUAUUAUUAUUGUUAUUUUCUUCUUUUCAUUUUCAUGUGUUUUUGCCAUUGUUUUCUUUUUUAUAUAUACUUUAAACUUUCAAAUGGAGUUUUCCAAAGGACUUUGUCGGAUGUCCUUUUAAUUGUUAUGGAAAAUAUCUUUGUUUUAGGGAUGUUUUUAUUUACAGGGUUUUUUUCUUCUUUUUUAUUGGGAAUAUUUGUGUCAUAAGUCAACAGUAGCUACUUUGGCUAUGAUGUGUUUGUGGUUUGGUUUUUUUGUCAUGUUUUUUAAGGGGCUAGGUUCCUUGUAGCGGUAGAAUACUUUCAGCAGCACUUAAAGGGAGUUACUUCAUGUAGCACUAAAAACUUUUUAAACUUAGAUAAUGUACUGUAUAUGUUUUUAAAGUAUGUAUCCUUGCAUAAACAACCUGUAAUGUUAGCAGCUGUAUUGCUUCACUGUUUUCUAAGCAUGCUAACUCAUAUUUGAGAUGAUUAUGAGAUACAAUACAUGAAAUGAAAAGGAAUAAAGGUAUAUAAACAUGUAUAUAAACAUGUCAAAUUAUAUGAUUCAGAGCUGUUGUUAGCCAUAAGAGUCAACCCAUCAGCAAACUGAAAUAUUAGUAUUAAUUAAAUGUCUUUGACAAUAAUUUACCUGUUUUCAUAAAUACUGUUGGUUUUAUUUUUCUCCCAUGCUAAGCGUCUCUUCUUGUACAUGUCCGAUGUGCAUUCUGUCCUUUGUGUGUUCUGGUUCAGAGAAUUCACCUGAUACUGCAUUGAAUAAA